AAAAUGCCUACGAACACGUCGACGAUGUGUGCGCUGGUUCUUUGUCUUUUGGACAACAACAACAUUGGCAGCAGGCAACUAUAGAAAUGAUUACGGAACCCUGCAGCUAAACGGUGAGAAAUGGCGACCUUUUUGGUGGUACGAAGCAAAGAGUGGGUGGCCGAAGGAUGCUACUGAUGUCUUAGGAGGCGUGUAUGGAUCGUGUAACCCAGACAGCACAUAUUGCUUCGGACGGUUACCCGAGAAGUUACUAGAAAAUUCAACACAGCUUUUAGCGAGAGAUUCUCGCGGGAAUGCGUUCAGGUGGUCAUUUAAUCCGGCGAACGCCCUCGCGCAUGCGGCAUGGCAGGCCUUCCACGACCAGAAGUUAGUGACUGUGCAGGACGCAGCCGUGUGGCCUCACCAGACCCUGUCUGGUCCAGGUAGAUCAUCGAGGGCGCGCAUAGACUCGUUCGCCUACCACAUGUCGAACGGCGUCAAGUCGCUGAUCCUUGACGACGACCUGUGCGGCUGCAACACGCUGCUCUUCGUCGGCAGCUCGAUGUGCCUCAUCCACACCGAUCGCUACAAGGUACGUCACGACCUGGCCGGCGUCGGCUCGCUGACGACGACCGGAUGUGACGCAGACGAACCGAGUCCCGCUAACGGUCUCGUGCUCUUCUUCAACGACAAUGCUCGUACGACGGAGGAUCUCACAACGACGGUCGCUCCAACAACGGCGCGUACAACGGUGCGUACAACAACGACGACGACGAAGCGAUCACGGAAAGCGACCCCUCGCCCAGAGCAUUCCUACAAUGAAAGACACGAUACCGGAAUCAUCAAAGCUAGCGAGGAGCCUACCGAUGACUCGGACGUCGUCGUGAGAAUCGAGGGCGAUAGCGUCGUCGCAACCGUCAGGGGCGAUAGGCGCUCAUCGUUGCUGGCGCCGAGAUUGGCCAACCCUCUUUCAGCGACAGAGGAGGACAAUCCAGCCGGAGCAGCUGCAACAGAAGAUAAUAGGGCAACGGACAAAGAAAGGACAGCAAAGAAGAGAAUGGAAGAGGAAGCAGAGGCAGCCGAGGAAGAAAAAAAGAGGGUUGCAGAGGAGAUUAGAGCAGCUGCAGCAGAAAAGAAAAGGAUUGAAGAGGAAGCAAAAGCAGCAGCAGCGGAAGAAAAGAAGAAGGCAGAAGAGAAUGAGGCUAAGGCAGCGGCAGCUGAACGGAAAGCCAGAAGAAGAGCAAUUAGAGAUGAGCAGGUACGACGUAAGCUUGGACUUUACCGACCCGGAGACCCUCGGUUGCGAGGCUUUGGCCCGGGUGGGCCUCUAAGAGCUUCAGGGUAUGGCGAGUUAUCACAGAAUCCGGAUUUCGGCGCUCACCCACAGCAGGCUCGAAUAUCCGAUAGCAAUCUGCAGUCUUCCACUGAGUAUGGCGGCUAUCCGGCUCAAGCAUAUGAAGGACAGGCGGGAUACGCCGGUGGCCAGCGCCGCAUCCGAUAUCCGCUUACAAGAAGUGGAGAUGUUGCGGCCGGGAGGGGAUUUGGAGCCGGAUUGACUCCCAUAGGGGCACCCGAGAGAUACCUUCCACCACGAGAUGCUGGAUAUUCGAAUCAAUAUAGGUCACCACCUCCUCGCUUUGCCCCUCCUGUACAAUACGGCUUGGUGAAGGUCACUGCCGAUGACGACGCAGAAGAACCAGGGAUAGAAGAACUGCGAGAUAGAGAUCUGCGUUACGAAGGGUUUCUAAGAGAUGAAAGAGGUGGGCACUACAGGCAACAACCAUCAUACGGAGCAGCGCCUAGCUAUGCUGGAGCAUCAGCGUACGGCGCGCCACCUACCGGCUUCUACGGCCCUCCACCUACUCAUCGCGGCUUCGAGAGGGUUAGAAGUAAAUAACCACAUAGGGACGUCGAUGAUCGCAUGAAGUAGGUUUGUAAAUUCAAUAACCACUGCGUUUCACUAAUGGGAAUAGCCAACAUAUAGUCCAUUUCGAUUUCAGCCGCUGUAAUAUGACACUAUAUCCGUAUAGACAUACUAUCAGGAGUUAAUCAAGACAAAUUUUGUCUUUAUUAACUCCUGAUGGUAUGUCCUUCUUACUGACGUAAAAUAUUUAUACUCAGCGGUGAAAUGCUAUAAUCUGCAAGUAUUUAUCCACAAGUAAUUUAUGAUCAUUUCUGCUGCGUAUUUGCACUUGUACAUAAAUUUAUUUUUCGUGAUAAUAUAUUCCAAAUCGACCAUAGUUAAGUAAAUAAACCUUAAAUUCUGGACGCGGGAUUAAUACGUAAACGUUUCGAUAAACUGUACGGGUUGUUUAAAUAUUUUAAUGUUCGAAUAUUUAAAUAUUUGAAGUUUCGGAUUGACUUUACAGACCCAUUAAGGUAAUUACAUCGUAAUGUAAACCAGCAGUCGUAAUCAAGAGCUUUUCAUAGGAAGCUCUAUGGUAACUAUGGUAACUAGGUAAUUACAAGGAUAGUAUGUUUGGACGACGAGGGAAUUGGGGGCUACCAUUAGAGGUUAUAAUAGAUUUGGGAUAUUACACAUCUUAGCAAUGAAACUUUCUUUGCGUUAUUGUCAUCUUCAUAAAUAUAAUUACAUUUAAUAUGUGCCUCUAUAGGUAACUUGAAAUACUCACGUAUUUGUAUAUAGUUUUCAUCACCGUAACACUUUCGUGCGAUUACUCAUUCGGUUUAAAAUAGAUCAUACUUUUCAUUAUUGUGCGUAUUGCUAUGUUAAUUACAACGUGCAAAUAAAACGAAUUUCCGUUAUGUACAAAAUAUAUAACAAACUAAUAAGCCAU